ACGCAGUCUCGGAGAGCUCUUUCACCGACAACACACACACACGGAGUGUGAUUCUAAGCACGGGGCUCUUCCCGGUGUUAAACGGACGUCUGAAGGAAAUCAAUACCUCAGCCACGUUGACCUGCACGAGAUCACGAUUUAUUCGCUCUGCGCGUGCUGUGAAUGAAUAAUAUAACAGCCAAUCACUCACCCACCUCGCGCUGUGUCUAAUCUCACCUGGUGUGUGUGUGUGUGUGUGUGAGAGAGGGCGAGUGUGUGUGUUUCGCCAAAAGGUUCAUUAGGAGGUGUUUCUUGGGUUCACCGUGUAUACAUCGCUUCACACGGAGGGGAUUACCGCACUGCAUGCCGCGGCCAUGUGGGAGAACUUUGUGCCGCUCUAGCGCCAGUUGUCCGUCUACCAGCCUGCCGCCCUGCCGCACUCUCUUUCCGCCCGGCCGCUGUCAUCCAGACUUGCGGGUUUCGUCUGACAUGUGAUUUUUUAUAUACUACAAUAAAACCGCAACAACGAGGAGGAGCAAAACAAAAUAAACAAACAGAAAGAGAGAACGAGUUGGAAUCCUCCUCGUGGGGAUUUUAAACUCCUCCUGUGGAUUUUACAACCCCUUCGGUGACUCCUUGGCUCCUCUCUCCUUGGUAUAGGCUACCAAACCAGUCCACUGCAGUGAUAAUGUCCCUACGGUCGGCCUCAGCUCUGGGUCUGUGUCGCUGUCUGCUGGCUGUCCUGGUGGUCCUGGGGCUGUCCAGCCGGGCAGAGGGCCAGCCAUGCCCGGCACAGUGCUCCUGUUCCGGCUCUACUGUGGACUGUCACGGCCAGGGUCUUCGCAGCGUUCCCAGGAAUAUACCACGCAAUGCAGAGAGACUGGAUCUGAACGCUAAUAAUCUGACUAAAAUCACCAAGGCCGACUUCGCUGGACUGAGGAAUCUGCGUGUGCUUCAGUUGAUGGAGAAUAAGAUCAGUCUUAUAGAGAGGGAGCCUUCCAGGACCUGA